GGACUUGAGUGUGUGGCGUUGCGAGGGGGACAGAAGGAGUUGACGAGUGGCGGACGGCGGAGGAGGACAACCCGCGGAGCGCCACAGAAUGUCCUGGUUAAUAUUUAGCCCAGCAGCAGUCAGCAGCCUUUGGCCCCGCACUCGGCUCGCGUUCACCGGCCUGAGCCUGUCUCAUAUCACCAGGAGCUCUACUAAAAUGUCAUCGGACUCCCAUUGGCUUGCUCCGGCGGACCGGGACCAGCAUGUGAUGGAGUUGAGGGCCACAGGCUGGAUGGAGGUGGAGGACCGUGACGCCAUCUACAAGGAGAUUCACUUUAAAACCUUCAACCAGGCAUUCGGCUUCAUGUCGCGAGUGGCGCUGCAGGCUGAGAAGAUGAACCAUCACCCCGAGUGGUUCAACACUUACAACAAGGUGCACGUGACGUUGACCACGCACGACUGCGGCGGGCUGUCCAAGCGCGACAUCAAGAUGGCCAAGUUUAUUGACAAGGUCGUUCUUUCGAUGUGAAUUGUCCAAAAAAAAAAAAGCACGCUUGGAACCUCAUACUGGUUGAUUGGACUUAAGCUGGACUUUGGUUGUCGGGGAUGCGGCAGCUUGCGACUGCCCGGAUUCCACUUGAUGACAAUAUUUCAUCGAAAAGCUCCAGUCCGCAAAAACUGCGGACUGGAGCGUUUUGCAGGCUGUCAAGUGCCAAGCAACAGGUGGCGCUAUAAUUCAGAGUCGUCAUGAGUAGUUC